ACUUUAAAAGUUAUUGCUUGGCGUUUGCGGGCUGUAGUUUGUAGUUUUUUAUUCGAUGUCAGCAACGCUUCAACCAUAGACCUAUAAACUAAGUUAAUAGGUCUAUGGCGCCAACAGUCGGCCUACAAUACACAUUACAAGGUUUAAGUCAUUGGAAGAGUUUAAAACUUAGAUCAUAAUUAUAUAUAGAUUUAUAGAUUUGAUGGUGUUACAAAAUUUAAAACGUACGCACUUCGGAGAGAUUUUAAACUAUCUGCGGCGAUGGAAGUCGACGACGAACCCAGUUACGAAUUCUCAACAUUAAAAGGUCAGUGGUCGUUAACUGACUCGCCCGCCAUCACGGUACACUUGAAAGUGGCAUUUUGCGACGAAGCGGCUGACGAUCAGACACGGAUGGCGCUGCAGGUAACUGCGAUCGUGGACGACAUUGUCGGUGAUUGUGUAGUGUACGGGGGAUUUGUGAUCGGCAACAAGGCGGCUGACCAGUGCUUACAUUUGGGUGUCCAUGACGACGACGACAAAUCGGCAGCCGUUCGCGUCUGGUUACGGGACGCACGAGCGGCGCUAGUUGGCAGCGGUGUUAAGCCUACAACGGAGUACGAAUACCAUUUGCGACGGGAAGACGACGACAACGACAACGACCGACUGCUGACAUUGGCGUGGAAGAUGAAACUCCGUCCAUUCGGCUUGGCGACGCUUGGCAUGGUUCAGAUGACAGAGGUGACGCCGAGGGUAAAUUCGACGGUGUCACUGACGUGCACUUCGUUUAUCACUCCACUGAUUCACUUGUUGUCAGCUGAAAGGAAGCAACAAAAACUGUCAGACCUAGCGGCUGCGGACCGCGAGCGAUGCCAGUUGGAAGACAACCGCCGGCUACUAGACGAAUUACAAUCGAUGGCCAAAGGCCAGCAGCUAGAGGACCAGCGGCUGAUGGCACGGUUCUUAGAGGUGUUGAACGCAAAGAAGCGGCGGAUAUUCGAUUUACAACAGGAGUUGGCUGAUUUGAAGCUGGAGCGGGACGUGCCGGGGAAGGUGGCCGUUGCCGUUGAACAGAAAAAAGUGACAGUUCGACAACGGCGUGGACGUGGCACCUGUCGUGGUCGACCCGGGCCAAUCAAAAAAAUCAGACGUUCUACAAAUUACAGUGAGGACAUGAAAAAAUUCUGUUCCUCCUCGUCCGAUGACGAGAACGCCGCUCAACGGUCAUGUGUCAAUAGCAGCGUUCAGUGGUCUGAGUUGGAGAAAAAUAACAAAUUAAACUGUGACAAUAUUUCUGGUAAUGUAGUAGUUGAUCCUGAGGAGACCCCAAUGUCCACUUCAAUACCAAUAUCUCCUACAACACCAGUUUCCCUGAGGGUUUCCCCUAUUUUGCCAGUAUCUACAGAUGUAGAUGUAUCAGUCGAUCCCAGGUACUUUACCGAUACUCAAAUAGAUUCACCUAACAGUUCACCCACAUGGUUGCAACAGCCAUUGACAGUUUCUCCAUCACCUCGGUUGCAGCCUUCAAUAAACCAACACGGUGAACACCAACUACCGAAAAAAAAGUCUGUUCUUGAUGACCUAUGGUCUGGAAUUGUAUAACUAGUAAUGUUGUAUUUAAACAAACAAUUGUAUUACAAUCUAUUAUUUUUAUUUUACAAGUGUUUUAAUUUUUUAACACUCACUUUUGUAUUAUUGUUAUUUGUUAUUGCAUAACGCAACUAAUUCCUUAGGUAUAAGUAAAUAAUUAUACAAACAAUUUAUUAAUAUUUAUAAAUGUUUGAACAUUAAUAUUUUUUAAAUAAAAUAGUAUAUUAUAGUAAAUUAUUCACAAGAGAAAGGCCAUCAAAA